AUGCCACAUCGACGCCCCGAAUCUCUAUCGCCACCGUCUCUUGCGAUACCGUAUAGUCCCGGAUGUCCGAGCGCUGGUGCCUGCACGACGUUGAAGGGCUUUUUCGCUGCGCGGCGGCCCAGCAUCGCCGAGAGUCUAUCAGCGGGUGCCCUUACAACAUCUUUUGACAGAUUCGCACCUCCACAAAGCCGAACGAUCGGAAAAAUAUGGCCAGGGACAUUCAUCGUCUUUGCGUUAUCAACGGAGGAGCUUGCGCAAGAAUAUCCAGGGGAUUCUGAGAUCCAUCACAGGAUCUGCGAGUACAAUCCUGGACGAUAUCUCGGGCUCGUGACUUCAUCGUUCGUGCAAUCGAUUGAAGACGACGGUAGUACUGUCGAAGACGUGAUCGUCCACUUUGUAUCCAGAGAUACGCCACAGCCAUCAGUAAUUGCGAGCCACUUCAUCCCCAUCUUCCCUGUCAGCAACACCAUACCGACAGAAACAUCUGCGCUCCACACGAGCAUUUUAUUCCCAUGGAUUGAUUGCAAGCAAUGGACGACAUGUGGGGUUCGUCUUCGCGUCUGCCGCAAAAAUGCGUCCGCCCUGGUAUUCGAACUCUGUCCCGAUGAUUUUGAGCGCUUUGAGGAUAAGGCGGGAAAAGAUUACAGCGGAUUGGAAUAUCUCGAUGCGACAUUGGACGAUGAAGAGAAAGACACGCUAGCGAGCCUUUUGGUGGCGCCCUUCGCCUUGCCGGCCGAGAUCUGGCUUGACAUUAGGAAUCAUGCGGACAUAAAGGAACCUCCGAGUUUCUUUGGGGAUGUCGAAUCUCUUGAAAGGUGA